AUGCGGCUGCUGCCCCCCUGGCCCACCUGGCCCACCUGGCCCACCUGGCUGCUGAUCUUUUACGCCACUUCUCAGGUACACCAAGCCUAUGCCAGGUCCCGAAACCAUCCAGGUGGGUGGCAUUCCUGGCUGGUCCACCUGUGCAAGCCCAGGAAGCCAGGUGUCCGCCAGCUCAUCCUUGUGUCUACCACGCUUAUAGUCUUGCAGCCGUGGUUUGAGAUCUUGGCUUCGGCAUCCCAUUACUGGCCACUGGAACAUGUGGACGGAAUCCAUGAACUUCAGGACACAGCUGGAGCCUCCCGAGCCCACAACUUCACUGUGCUUCCUCCCCAUAACACCACCUUUGUGUAUACCAAUGACUCCACCUACUCUCACUUCUCAGCGACCGUAGAUAUCGUAGAAGGGAAGGUCAACAAAGGCAUUUAUCUCAAAGAGGAGAAGAGGGUCACGCUCCUCUACUACGGAAGCUACAAGAACUCGUGCAUCAGCGACCCCACCCAAUGCGGCCCUGAAGGGGUCACGUUCUCCUUUUUCUGGAAGACACAGGAUGGAGAACAGUCCAGGCCCAUGCCCUCCGCCUACGGGGGCCAGGUGGUCUCCAACGGCUUCAAGGUCUGCUCCAGCGGCGGCGAAGGCUCCGUGGAGCUGUACACACGGGAGAACUCCAUGACAUGGGCGGCCACCUUCAGCCCCCCAGGCCGCUACUGGACGCACGUGCUGUUCACAUGGAAGUCCAAGGAGGGCCUGAAGGUGUACGUCAACGGGACCUUGAGUACCUCUGACCCCAGUGGGAAGGUGUCCCACACCUAUGGGGACCCCAAUGCCAACCUGGUGAUUGGGGAGGCGCCAGACCAGAUCAAGCGCUACGAGAAUGGAGCAUUCGACGAGUUCAUCAUCUGGGAGCGGGCACUGACUCCAUAUGAGGUCUCCAUGUACUUCACAGCCGCCGUCGGGAAGCACGUUGUAUCAACUUCAACGAUGCCAAGCUUCUUGGUGACGUCCACAGCAGACACCAUGAUGCCCACAGAUGCCUACCACCCUAUCAUCAACAACCUGACGGAGGAGAGGAGGAACUUCCAGAGCCCCGGAGUUGUGCUCAGUUACCUUCAGAACGUGUCUCUGAGCCUCCCGCACAAAUCCCUGUCACGGGACACGGCCCGGAAUCUCACCGAGACUUUCCUCAAAACUGUGGGAGAGGUCCUUCAACUGCCCAGCUGGGCCACCACCGUGUCAGAGGACCAGGCUGUGGUGCUGGGGCUCAUCGAGACCAUCGACACCGUGAUGGGCCACAUAUCUGCCAACCUGCCAGCCUGUGAGCCCCAGGCCGCCAUUGCGGGCUCCUCCUCCAUGGCAGAGUACUCGGUGGCCAUGGUCCUGCCCAGGACUCUGAAUGGCUCCCGUUACCGCUUCCUGGCCCAGGGCCACAGCUACAUCGAAAUCCCCCACGAAGCCUUCCACAGCCAAGCUUGGACCACCAUCGUGGGCCUUUUCUACCACACGGUGCACAUCUACCUGAACAGCAUCCACCCUGCAGAUACCAAGAUUGCUGAGGCGGCCAAGCACCGAGGCUGCAUGCUGUCUGCUGCCAGCCACCUGAUCUCCCUGGAGGUGUCCCCUCCACCUGAGCUCGCCCAGAACUUGUCGGGAUCCCCGCUGGUCACUGUCCAUCUGGAGCAUUCACUGACGCAGAAGCAGUUGAUGCAGGCCACCAACAAGAGCAACAGAAUCUUCUGGCACUGCGCCUUCUUGAACUUCAGCUCCGGGAAAGGCAUCUGGUCAAACCAGGGCUGCGUCCUCACAGAGGGGAACCUCAGCUACUCCGUCUGCCGCUGCACGCAUCUCACCAACUUCGCCAUCCUGAUGCAGGUGGUACCCCUGGAGGUGAGAAGCCAUGGGGCUGUGGGCAGGGUCCGCGGGAGCCACGGCUGGGCACAGGAGGAGUCUCAGCUAGAUGCUCCCCUGGCUGAGGGCAACCGUGACACAGUCCUGCCUGGUGACCCCUACCUAGAGCACCCCAGCUUCAGAUUUCAGAGGUACAGGACAGACCCAGAGGCAGGGGCUAAGCGAGCAUAUGGGAGGCAGGAGGUUAGCCUUUGA